AUUACUCUUUUGUUUGCGCCUGCUUCCGUGCAAUACUCAAUUGGCCAAUCUCUGAUAAGAUAAGCAAGCGUUACACAGGUUUCUCCUCGGGGGCCUGUCGUCGCCCUAAGUCGAGCGGUGAAUCACUGUACAGACCACGGCUGCAGCUGCUGCAACUCGAUAUGCGAAACUCGAACUGCCAUCAGCCGACUUGCGGAGCGUUCUGCUUGCGAGGUCUUGUUUCUUAUCGGCCUCGAAUACCGAAAGAGGCGCUCUUUGUUUGGCCGUUCCCCGAGGAAACCUCAGUUUCCUACGUGCGACCGCUUCAGUCGUCCUUACCGGGCUUAUCUCAGGCCAUUUGCUGACCGCAGAGGCUGCAGCCGGAGCCGUCUCGCGAGUAUUCGAGCUGUUCUCGCAAGACUGCAGCUCGGAAGCGGAAGCGGCCUAGCCGAUGGAGUCGCCUUUCCAUUGACAUUGGCGGUGGGUACGUGGCAGGCGGAGCAGAAAAGGCGAUUGGCACGCAGUUCACAGACGGCAAUCGGCGAUCGAUAGCUGGCGCUGGGAGGGACGGCGGCGUCCAGGGCGAGCAAUUAGAUUGAUAUCGUAUGGAAGGGCCUUGGCUGCGCCGCGGCUAAUGCUUGCACGCGAGGUGCGUGACUCGACCCGACGUAUCGGAUACACGUAUAAGGAGAGCUGAUCGAUGCCUAUAGGCGCCCGUAAUAAGUCGCUCUCCCACUGAAUCGCUCACAAAGGAGGGAAGGAAGGUCGGCCGCCACUGCAACCUUCGCUUCAAGGGCUACUCUCCCCUGUCUCUCCGUCCUUCCUCUCUCUCUCUCUCUCUCUCUCUCUCUUUCUUUCUUUCAUUGCCGCUUUCCUGCACCUCGGCUUCUCCCCCCGAUCGCUCCCUCGCACACGCACUCGGCACUUCUCCUCUGCCGCUGCCUUAUCAUCGCCGCCUGCCACUUUCCGUUUCUCUCUCUGGCCGUCGCUUCUGCACACACCUUAUCGUCGAUCAAUAACUGUAUUUGGAGCGACCGCUUUAAUCGGAUGACCUUUAGCUCCGCAACUGGCAGCGAUCGUUCGUCGACGAACUGCCCUCGCGCCGCCGCCUCUGCGCCCGUGGUAGUCCUUUUGUGCGGGCGGCCGCGGGGCAGGGGGCUGGCGGGCUCGCUUCUGCCCGGCGGGGCCAGUGCCCUCGGCGCGGACACCGGGCAACCUUGAGGCUCAGGGCCGCAGCGUCUCGGCCUCGACGCGCGAGCGCCCGAUCGCUCGGUCCGCCCGGCCCGCUACUUAGUCUGCCGGUACCGUUACGCGCGCGCCUGCCUCCUCGACGCUCCUCCGGCGUCGACAAAGACGUCCUCGACGUGGGCGACUCGCCGGAGGUCGUCUAGUCGGCUCUCUCUUUUUUCCUCUCGCCUUGCUCGUCGUUGGUUCUAGUCGCCGAGCAGAGGUCGCGCCGGGCCGGCUGACCUCGGCGCCGGACAAAAGGAGACGCGCGCGCGAAACGGUUUUUUUCGAUUGACGUCAGCGCUCUGAACGGGCGAUCGGGCGCGCGCGAGCGAGGCGGAUGCCGAGCGUCGCGCUGCCAGAUAGCGGACGAGGCGGCUGGCGCUGACGGUUAUUGAAAUCGACCCCCUUCCGCGAAGGGGGGCGCGGUUCGCGCGCGCCGGGGCCUCCCCCCUGGCGCGCGGCUCGGCUGCCCUCCGCACUGAUCGGGCGCGCGCCUCGCCGAUCCGGCGCGACACAAAGAUGAGGCGCGCCAGCGCGGAGACGAUAACGCUCGCGCGUCGGGAUGCGGCCUCGCGCGCCAACAGCUGCGCGGACGGGUGAGGGCUCGACGCCAGCGGCGAUCAUUGGAAAGCGACGCGUGCGUGCGUGCGUCAUUCGCCAAGACCGAGGCGAGGCGGCAAAAAAUACACGGACUCGGCAUUGAACUUGAACGGAGGCGCGCGUGCGAUCGAUCGCCGCGGAUUUCCCUCGCGAGUUUUCGCGCGCUGCCACGAAAGAGAAAAGCCGAGCCGAGAGCCGAUCAGCAGCCGCGGGCCUCUCGUCGCUGCGCGUCGCUGGUUAUCUGCGCGCUCGCUCUUCCAUCCGCGGUCGCGAUUCCCCUCGCCGACAGCGGCCGGCUCCUUCGCCACGCAGUGGCGGCAACGAGGCCGCAUCUGGCCGGUCAAGGAUUUACCGCCAGAGCUUAGCGUCGUUAUCAGCUGCGCGCUUCGAGUUGGUUGGUUGGCUGGUUGAGCGAGCGAGCGAGCAGCCACUAGCCUUGACUCCGCGUGUCCCCGCCUCUCUACUGCCUUUCCUGCAAAACUUGGUCCGCGAGCACGUUACGUGUAUGUGUGCGCGCGUAUGUGUAUUUAUUUGUGUGUGUAUGUAUGCGUGUGCGCGCGCGCGCUCGCCCAUAGUGGUCUCUUCCUCGCUCACCGAUCAUCAAACUAAUGUUUUUGUCCACCUCGAUGCUUUGUUAUUUUUCCUUAUUUCUGGUCGCUCGUCACCCUGCGGAAAAUGAUCGCACGCGAGGAUGGACGAUCGAUACGGCGGAAGAUCGGAGGGGGAGGUGGGCUGGUUGUCUCGUUGACUACAUCGAGGUCGACGGGAGCGUUGAAAACACGACAGCUGCACGGGCUAGCUCGCGCUGGCCAUCGAUUUCCGUCGGCUGGUGCAGGCGAGGAGGCGGACAGUCCACGCGUUGGCGACGGCUCGAGCCGCCGGCUCGUCUUGGCUUCAGGUGAGCGACUGUGCGCCACAGACGUCGCGGGUGAGCUCGAACCUGCACAGCAGCAGUAGCAUGGCGGUGAGCCGCGUCCCGAGCCCCCCGCCGCCCGAAGUCAACACCCCCGUCGCCGAGAACUGGUGUUACACGCAGGUGAAAGUGGUCAAGUUCAGCUACAUGUGGACCAUCAACAACUUCAGCUUUUGUCGCGAAGAGAUGGGCGAAGUGCUCAAGUCAUCAACCUUUUCCGCCGGAGCCAAUGACAAACUUAAAUGGUGCCUACGAGUAAAUCCCAAAGGCUUGGACGAGGAAAGCAAAGAUUACCUGUCGCUCUACCUACUGCUCGUCUCCUGCAACAAAUCCGAAGUCAGGGCCAAAUUCAAAUUUUCAAUUCUUAAUGCCAAAAGAGAAGAGACCAAAGCCAUGGAGAGCCAGCGGGCCUACAGGUUUGUUCAGGGAAAGGACUGGGGCUUCAAGAAAUUCAUAAGGAGAGAUUUCCUGCUGGACGAGGCCAACGGUUUACUGCCCGAUGACAAACUCACGAUAUUCUGUGAGGUAAGCGUCGUCGCCGAUAGCGUCAACAUCUCCGGCCAGAGCAACACCAUACAGUUCAAGGUGCCCGAGUGCCGGCUACCCGACGACCUAGGUCUUCUCUUUGAGAACCAGAAGUUCAGCGACGUCACGCUCACCGUUUGCGGCAAGGAAUUUCAGGCGCACAAGGCGAUACUGGCAGCGCGGAGUCCAGUCUUCUCGGCCAUGUUCGAGCACGAGAUGGAGGAGAGGAAGCAGAACCGGGUGGACAUCACCGACGUUGAGCAGGACGUUUUCCGGGAGAUGCUGCGCUUCAUCUAUACGGGUAAGGCGGCCAAUCUGGAGAAGAUGGCCGACGACCUACUGGCCGCCGCGGACAAGUACGCGCUCGAGAGGCUGAAGGUCAUGUGCGAGGAGGCUCUGUGCACGAGCCUGGCUAUCGACAACGCUGCCGACAUCCUCAUUCUCGCCGACCUCCACAGCGCGGACCAACUCAAGGCCCAAGCCAUCGACUUCAUCAACACGCACGCGACCGACGUGAUGGAGACGGCGGGCUUCAAGUCGAUGGUCACCUCCCACCCAAGCUUGAUUGCGGAGGCUUUUCGGGCGCUCGCCACACAACAAAUACCGCCGAUCGGACCGCCAAGGAAACGAGUUAAACAGAGCUGAAAGCAGUCGCCUCUGACUUCGGCAACAACAGCAACAUCACCCCUGCCUCUGUUACAUCCUUCUUGACUUUUGUGUACAGUGAAAGCGGAGUAGUGUUUAAUCGAUGUUUCCUAGUGUGGCAGCUUCUGGCCCACUCGCAAAUCGGAUAUAAAGAGAGGCUACGAUGCAGUGAAAAUGUGGAUGUGCGCAAAUGGAAUGUACAGAGAAAGAAAGAGAGAGAAAGAGAAAGAGAGAGAGGAAGAGAGAAAGAAAGAAAGCGAGAGAGAGAGGGAGAGAGAGAGAGAGAGAGAGAGAGAGAGAGAGAGAGAGAGAGAGAGAGAGAGAAAGAAAGGAAGAAAGAAAGAAAGAGAGAGAUAAAAGGCCAGUUGGUUGACUUUGCUGCGUGGUCAGCGAGGAAACAGAGUGUCGCUGGCGCUUUUGAGACUACUUUGCCAAGUCAGUUUUAUUGCAUGCUUUCGUCCUCGUCCCCUAGCUGGCCAUCCUCGAUCGGCAACAGAGUGAUGCACGUUAUUGUCAUUAUCGUUAUCAUCACUAUUGUUUCCUUGCUUUGCCCCUGGCCCAUCGAUAGCGAUCAAAAAAGCUCAUUGCUUUUAUGUGUGUUUGCUCGAAAAAUGCCAACGCCACCACCGUUAGUGGACCACCACUCUGCCUUUCUACUUCCAUUCUAGAGGAUGUCGCCAGCUAGUACGCCGACUGUCAGCAGCCAACAAAGGACCAACACGAUACAACAAGCUCGUACCAACUGUUGCCAUCAAACAACAUGGACAACACGGUGUGUGAUAGGCGUCAAACAUUUUGUUCCUUUGUCAGCGGAUCGAGCGAUACCUCCCGUUCAAACAAAUAAUAAACAAUACUGUGCAGCCUUCGCUCUCUGGCUAGGGCCUUUAAAGCGCGCCCUCGUACGGAGGCUUAGACACUUUGUUUAAUACCGGAUAGUAAUUUUUAAUUGUAAAUCAUCAAACUCUUCCAGAAUGGAGUAAAUGAUUCUAGUUAGCGUUUUAUAUGAUCUCUUUCUCUCAAUAUGUACGAUUAUUAUUAUUAUUAUUAUUAUUAUUAUUAUUAUUAUUAUUAUUAUUAUAUUAUUAUUAUUAUUAUUAUAUUACUAUCAAUCCUAAGCGCAACUUGUGCCCUGUAUUUUUGUAUGUUUUGUCUACAAAUAUUCCUAACGAUAUUUUCACCUUUUAAUUUUUCAAUUCCGCUUUAUCAGUUUUUUUUUAUCGAUUAUAACUCAGGCACUUAUUCAUUUAUUUCCUUUAAAAAAUUCAAUUCGCCUACGAAUUCAACGUUUUUUAAUUUACGUUUUUAUAGUAAAUUAUAGGGUUGUCCAUAAUCUCACGAAAACUUGCAAUGGCAUUAAAAUGGUCGGAAGAAAGAAGAUUAUAUGAGUACGUUGAGCUUAUCGAUAUUUUGCUAAAUUCAAAACAGAAGGAUCAUUGCUGGCGUUUAUUAGAUGUAAAACGGCAAAUGUGGCAAAAUUGCUAAACAAAGUAUAUAGUAAACGUUAGUCAAUUAUAUUAAGAGAUAUUAAACGUUUCGUGUAAUUGAUUGUUACAAAUUACAACAAAACAAGACAAGAAUAUUAAGUUAAAUUAUGGGCAACCAGAGACAACAAUAAUCGUUUAAAACUACUGGCUUCCUGAUCCUCCAACUAAGUUUAAUUGAAGGUCUUAAAUUUAUACCGUUACACUAAUGACGACGAUAAUGAAUAUUAAUGCCAUACAUGUUCUGUGAUAAGUCCAUUGUAACAAUUGCAACUGUAUCUUUACUCCUGCUCUUGAAACUUAACGCCACAUUCUGAUUAGUCGAUUCUGGCAGCCAGUGAAAAUAUUCAUUAGGUAUUGGCAUCUGUCGGACGGCCCCUCGCAAGAAAAGUUGCUAAAGUUUCUAAUGUAUAUAACAUGUAACUACCUAUAUUUUGUAAAAAGAGAAAGCAAAAAGACAAAAUCAAAUUCAGCUUCAGCACAACGUGCAACUGAUCUACGAAUCAUUUUGUUGCGCGCCUACUAAACUUUGUUUUAUUUUUGGUAGAUCAUCAUCUUUUAGUUUGCGCAAUGUGAUAAUUAAAUUUAAGGAUUAGUAAUCGCUGUACAUGUGAUUGAAAAAUCUUUAAUCAUUCACUGACAAUUGUAAAGCCCCUUUCAUAUUGAAAUACUUAUUUCAAAGCUGAAGCUCAUUAGAAGUAAGAAACAGGAGCAUAUAAAAGCAUUACUGUUUAAUUUGUAUAUUGUAUAUUUUGGGACUGUCCGACAACUAAUUAAAACAAUUUGUAAUCAAUGAUUUUCUUAAACGAUAAUAUUGUUCGAAUGAAAGAUAUUGUUUAAACACCGAACUGCAGCAAGAAUAUAUGAGCGUAUGACUGGAUAAUUUGAUAAACUAAGUACAAGUAAGACAAAUGUUACCUCAUCAUGAAAUCAGUACUUUGCUGCUAUGGAUUGCUAAUGUUUCUUUAUCCAACGCACUUCCAUUUUUCGUUGCAUUUACAAAAGUUUCUGUUAUUAACGUUACAAUGGCAGUCCUAGGUACAGAGUGCUGUUCAUCAAUACCAGCUCAUACAUUCAUUUUUCCAUUAUUUUA